CGCCGACGGCUGCUGAACCAGAAGCCGUACUUCCGGCUCGACAUGCCAAAUGCGGGAACGGGCGACGCUGAGGGUGACUGCUCCGUGUGGUCCUUUACCCUGCUGCCAACUGAGUCCAACGAAGCACCCUGGGUUAGCGGCGCUGCCGCCCCUCAGCCUGGGGCACUCGCCCCAGACCUGGUGGCAACGCAUGUGCGUGGGCUGGUUUCCCUCAUACCGGGACCGCGCGGCGGCCUCCGCGGUCAUGCGGGUGGAGGUGCCGAGGGCGGCAGCGGCGACGGCGCCAACGACCACGACGGCAGCGGUGGCGGUGCUGGAGGCGGGUAUGUUGCUGGCGGCGGGCGAGAUGAGGAGCUCGAGGAGCUUAUCGGAUGGGAUGCCACAACUGAGGACUUCGGGCAUGAGCACGGGCUGCCAGCCUACGUUCCCCGGGGUGGCUUUGAGGGGCUGUGGCUGGUGGGUGACGGCAGUCGGUGGUACGACCCCAUGCCGGGGCCUCACCACGCCUGGCUGCGGGAGCUGGCGCCAUUGGACCCGCUGCGGCUGCUCGAGAACCCUUGUCGAGUGGGGCCGCCGCCGUACGGCCCGCUGUGCCUAGAGCAUCUGCAUCUGCAAGGGCUGGACCUGUCCAGCGGCGAGCUGCGGACCAUCGCGGAGUUGCUGCCGGGGCUACAGGUCCUGAUGCUGAGCACAUGCUAUGUGCCACCGGCUGAGCUGCCGCUGCUGUGUGGCGCGGAGCGGCUGCACACCCUGGUGCUGCGGAUGCGGGACCUGGACCUGUGCCUGCAGCCGCACACAGCCCAGGAGGCGCUACAGGAGCUGUGCCUGCGGUCGCCCGCCCUGGAGGAUCUGCAACUGCGGCCCAGCUUCGAGGACGUCGUGGAUGAAUACCUGGAGUUGGACCACGAGGCGCACGCGCGGUGGGAGGACUGCGGCCGGGCCCAGGUGCAGGAGGCGGUGUGGCGGCUGACAGAGGCGGUCAAACUGCAGACAGACGGGCGCAAGCUGGGCCCUGGUGAUGGCGGCUGCGGAGGGCAGGGGCAAGCGGCCGCUGAAGGGCGGUCGAGGAGGCUGCGGCCACAUGUGCGCGUGGAGCUGUUGCGGCCGGUGGCGUGGUGGGAAACCGAUUGGAAGGAAGUGGAGUAUAGGGGGCACGAGUAAGGGGGCGGGGUAAGUGAACCACAUGACUGACCGGGCCAAGGAAGUCAUUCACACGGGUUGCAUGUGCAAGGGACUGGGUGGUAAACUGUGGACGGUGUGACAUGGGAUUGGAGACUCAGCGUGAGAGCUGGCCUUUGCAGGCGGAUUGAUGGCAGCGGUGGCAGACAGGCGGGUGAUAAAAUGCACGAGCGCGCUAGUGAGCACGGGUGAAGGGUGGAGCGGUUUGCCGACACACGUACGACCAGGCUCACAGGCUAUUUGUGAGCACGAGGGCAAUCGGCAAGUAUGCCGGGCGCGGACCCUCAGUAGUGAGACGACAGCGAAGAUUGGGGCUUGGUAUGACGGCGGUGAGGAGAGCAAGGGAGGUUGGUUAGGGGCCCCGUUUUUCUGCCACUGCAUGAAGCUGUCCGAGCAAGUACUGCAAUAAUCACCAAUUGAAGAGUCGAAGCACGGAGCCCGAUUGACUGGGGGAUCGAAACGCAGGCGGGGACCGGGACACACGGAGGCUCCGGGGAAGCAACGCAGGACAACGACGGGGGCGCCUGUCAACCUGUGAAGUUGCCUGUUGCCUCGGAUCCUUGCACGCGCCUUUUUGGGUCGGGU